UUCGUCUCCAUUGUUGCUUAUAUGCUAUAAUCUCACUGCUUCAAUUUUGGCUCCUCAUCGGAAAUGGCGUUUUUACUCAACACCUCGAUUUCGUCUCACCUCCGAUCUUCUUCACAGAAGACUGAUGGUGCUUUAGCUCAAUCCCGUCGUGGGUUCCAUGUGGAGCUAGGUGCUCGUGAGAAAGCUCUCUUGGCUGAAGAUUCAUCUUUGAGGAGAUUCAAGUCGCAUAAGAAAGGCGUCCACCGAUUGAAGAGGAUUGGAGAUGUGCUCACAGUUGUUGUUGUUGCUGGAUGCUGCUAUGAGAUCUAUGCAAGAGUAAUGAUGAGAAAGGACGCUCAGGCUGCAGGAGGAAGCUCAUGAGUUUCUUUAUCUCCCUUUUUAACAAUCUUAUAAAUUCAUCUUGUUACU